AUGGGUCGCCCAGAAGACGAAGGCGACCAGCCGGUUGACAUCGACGUCAAAAAUCUGCCUACGGGCAAGGCCGAUGCGGCGCUCGAGUUUCUGCGUGAUGAAGAUAUCGCGGUCGCGACAGAUGUGAAUGAGAAAGCCUUGGUGCGCAGGAUUGACUGGAUGAUCAUGCCGCUGAUGUGGGCGGCGUAUAAUCUACAAUAUCUGGACAAAGUGCUGAUUACUCUAUGGGGUAUCAUGACCACAUUGAACUGCACAGCGAAGAAUUUCGGUGGGCUGAUGACACUCCGCGUGUUGUUGGGUUGCUUUGAGAGCUCCAUAGCGCCAGCAUUAAUUCUCAUCACCUCCAUGUUGUACAAGAAGAAUGAACAACCAAAGCGCAUGGGUAUUUGGUAUCUCGGCACCGGCACAGCCUCAAUAAUGGGCGCCCUAGUCGCAUACGGCCUUCUGUUCUACACAGACAACCAUUUCAAACCAUGGCAAAUCAUGUUCCUCAUCUUCGGCCUCAUCACCAUCGUGGUAGGAAUCUGCAUCUUCAUAUUCCUUCCCGACAACCCCAUGAGCUCACGGCUCACUCAUGCCGAGAAAGUCCUCGCCAUUGAGCGCCUCCGCGAGAACCAAACGGGUAUCGAGAACAAGCACUUCAAAUGGCACCAAGCGGUAGAAGUCUUCCGCGGCCCACAGACCUAUUUAAUCGCCGUGAUCGUCACAGCGAUGGAUGUCCCAAAUGCAGCAAUCAGCAGCUUCACCUCCCUGAUCAUCAAGAACAUCGGAUUCACAACUAAACAAACAGAGCUCCUCAAUGUCCCCAACGGCGUCAUCUCCAUUAUCUCUAUAUUUAUAGCUACAUACUGCGCCGGUCGCUAUAAUCAACGCUGUCUCUGUGUCGCGGCCGUCCUCCUCUGCGGGUUGUUAGGAGGCUGCCUCCUCGCAUUCUCACCGCACGACAUGAAAGGCGCCCAACUAGCGGGGAACUAUCUUACCCAAGUCACCGGCUCAGCGUUACCCCUCAUGUACUCUCUAGCCGGCGCCAAUGUUGCGGGCCACACGAAGAAGGUCACUAUGAACGCGAUCUUGCUCAUGUCGUUCUGUCUGGGCAAUAUUCUCGGCCCGCUUACGUUCCGCACGGAGGAUGAGCCGAAUUAUAUUCCGGCGAAGAUUGCGAUCGUGGUGACGAUUGCAGUGGCUAUUGUCUUUGCGAUGGCUUUGAGGGCGUAUUACACAUGGGAGAAUCGGAGGAGGGAUAGAAAUUUGGAGAGUAGGGAGCAUAGGGAGAAUUCCGAGUUUUUGGAUAUGACGGAUCGAGAAAAUCGGGAGUUUAGGUAUUCUCUUUGA